CGGCCCUCCCUCCCGAAUUUGUGUUGGAGCUGUUGUGCCUCAUCGACCGUUAUCCGGUUACAUCGUAUCGUUAUCCUGAUUAUUUUGUGUCCGAAUAUUAAAGUUUCUCAACUUCCGAAGACCAAAUUUUGGCCAGAAUCUAGCCAUCUAGGAGCACACUGGCGCGCCUUAUUUCAGCUGUGCGAUGUGUCGAGUUUGGAGCCUCAUUUUGAUGAUAUGCAUCGUCUAUCAAAUCAACCAAACGGGUGCACCGCAUACUCAUACCAACGGAGGCUCUAGUGAAAUAUCACAUCAUGGACAGGAAGGACAGCCAAGCAAGCCCACAACCUCAACUUCAAGACAUCCAGAUCUUGGGAGGCCAGGAGGAGAGCCAUCAAGAGAAACCACAAAGCACUCAUCGAAACCAAGGAAAAAGCCAACGACGGAACACUCGACGAUGCCACAAAAAAAGCAUCAUGAGAAGUUUGAAAAUGAACCCAUGAGAGAUCCCUCUAACACUGUAGUCAGGUUGGGUGUAUUCCGUCCAGAAAAAGGUAAGAAGAAGAUAACGGAGGAGGAGUGCAAACUGCAUUGUGAGACCCAUUUUGGUCGGAUCAUUUCAAAUGAAGAGAGAAUCGACAUCGCAAUUCCCAAGUUGAUAAAUAGUGAUACAGUAUGUCGCUGUGAGCUGAAUAUUGAGCGCCUGGAGCCAAUACUGAAGGAUGAAAAACAGUACGCCAAGGAUAAAAAACAUAGAAAGGCGAAUUUCUCGAACUUCAUCGAUGCUGUUGAUAAAAACCGGUACGGGAAAUUCUGCGCUGCGAAACACUGGUUGUCUACAGUUGGGAAGAUGAAAGUUGAAAUUGGGUACGAAUCGGACGCCAAAGAUCAAAAGCCGUUGACUCGUCACCAAAACCCCAACCAAACACCGGAUCGAACUCUUGGAUCAGAUUCAUCAACGGUAAACACCCGAACUCAUCAUCAGGAUGCUAACCGAACACCGAAUCGAGACUUUGUACCACCGGGAGAUUCGAGAAAAACUUUUGGGGAAGUUCUUUUGGGGACGUUUCAGUCGACAGGGGAAGCUUUCACGGAGAGGAGCUGUGCAAAUCGUUGCUUACACACGUUCGGGCAACUUUUUGAGGAGGAUUCUCAGUCAUGGAAACCCAUCACUGAAAAGAGGUUGUCUCGGGAUGGGGAGAUCUGCGAUUGUUUAUUGUACAAAGAUAUGGUUUGGAAAGGCUGCUCUUAUCUUAGGAAGAAGAUAAAGAUCGACUGCAAUGAAGUGAUCCAGGCAUUUUUAAACUUCGACUUCUGUGAAGGGAAACUUCAUGCUCAGAAGAAUCACUUCGACAUUGUUCUUGGAUAUGAAUACAACGCCGUACCACAUGAACGCGAGAAAAAUAUAAUACACCCCUUAGAAGAGGUUCCACUUGAUGACAAGCCCGAAGAGGCAUCUGCUAAACAUGUAAACGGGGAUAAAAACAUCGUCUUCACGAUUCCUGAAAAAGAGGCUCGGGUUUCAUUAUUCACGGACGAAAGCUGCACGAAGAAAUGCAACACCUUGUUCGGUUACGUUAUUUUGUUUCCGGGAGAAGAAAAAACUACUUUCACCGAAGGGCGGUUGUCAGGCGAUCGGAGAAAAUGUCAAUGCUUUUUGAAUGCCUCUGCUUUUGAAAAACGACUCGUGGAGAUUAAAAAAGAAAAUAAAGAAGAAGAUAAACAGGAAGCUACAAAAGAAGAUAGAAAGGCUUUUAACAAGUUUUUACAGGAAUGUACUUUUAACGAAGGAUACAAGUGGGCGGUGAAAUAUUUUACAAGACGUCCGGAGCUCAAAGUAACCGUCGAAAUUGGAUCGGCAAUUGAUAAAUCAGACCGUCAUGAAAUACUUGAAGAGAAGAAAAAGUUCGACGAGGCCUACGCAAAAAAGUUGAUUGACGGCAAGCUUAAAAUGGCAACCUUCACACGAAGCCUAUUCACGGGUAAACUUACUUUGAAGAGAUGUUCCAGCAUGUGCAAUAGUAAGUUUGGUUUCAUCCGCGCUCCGAGGUUCCCUUUCACGAAGCCUGAAUUGUCAAAAGACCCAUUGAGUUGUGAAUGCUGGUUUAACACUGAAGAAAUCAAGGAACACUUGAUAGAUCAAGCCGUCAGUUGGUCAUCCUUCGUUGCACACCUCGAGAAGGGAUACGAGAGCGCUGUUAAAUAUUUAGCAGAUUAUGAACCUGUGAGGGAAGAAGAGGAAGAUAAGACUCCAUUCUGGGAGGUAUUGGAUAUGCCUGAAGAGGCCAAGAAACACAGAAAGUCUGAUGAAAACAAUAAUCUUAACGAACACCAGAAACCUGAUGAAAACAAUGAACCUAAUGAACACGAUAAACCUAAACAUGGUGCACAGAAACCGACGGUGAAGAACUGGCCAAAUUUACAUAUCGAUGUCGUGGACGAAAAAGGCCGACCAAAAUUAAAAGGCUCAAACAGCUCCCGAAAAGUAAAAGCUCCCAGAAAGCAGACCCGGAUUUACCUUUUCAGCGCUCCUAGGCCAAUCUGACAAUCACGCCCCUCGCAGAACGGACGACCAC